AUGUUACUCUGCCGGGCUUCAUCUCGUCCGCCCGAGACAUGGCAUCGUCGAAUAAGGGCUCCAGUUCAUCUCCUUCCUCCGUUUCCUCGAUCUCUGAUUCCUCUACGUCUUCAUUCUCGUCAGAUUGGCGUCUUCAUCUUCGCCACCGUGAGCUCCAUCACUGCCACAACUACCAUCCCUAUCAUUGCCACCAUCUUCCCGGUUAGUGCCGCCGCCUCCAACACCAGUAGUAACCUCGUCCACGUUCCCAACGUCGUCAUCACUGUCAUCAUCUCAGCCCGGGUUAUGCUCCCCAUCAGUACUCUCUUCACUACCAGAAGAUACUUUGACGAUCAAGAGAACGUCAAAGUCCGCAAUGGAGUCAUCUUCGGUAUCUUGAAAGCCAUUGACAGCGCCAUACCCAAUCUUAUUCGAGUCGCCCCCGUCUGUCUACGGAGCAAGAAUGGAAACCAGGUCCUCGGGAUCGCUGUCACGACCGGCCUUCGAGUCUCUGAGUCUGCAUUGCAUCCACACCGUAAAGGCUCGAGGCUAACGGUACACCUCUAG